CAGGUCGCACAGCAGGAGGGUUAAAGACGGAAGAUGACCUCGCCUCCCACAAACGACGUGACACUCGGUCCGUGACGUGACUGCGACCCGUCGCUCCGAACCGACCCUGACCUCGAGAAGGCACGACAGCGCCCCGACCCGCGGGGAGAAACCCACAAAAAAACAAGCGCCCGCGCGCGUAGAGGAAGCCUCUUCUCUUCGCCCCCCCCCCCUCUCACCUCCCCACCUCCGGGUCAGAGAUUCGGACACCUGCUCAGGUGAACGCGGAAAAAGCCAUGGCGCAAGGUGACGCGUCCGCGGGGUUCCGGUCCUUGUUUUUCAUGCUCAGCCCGAACGAGUCGUCCUACCAGAAGCUGCAGGAUGUGCCGCAGUAUGUCCAGCAGGCCACUCCUUUCUUUGUAGGGCUGGUGGUGCUGGAGAUGGUGGUGGGCCUGCUGAAGACGGGAUCCCCAGUGAUCACCGUCAGUGACGGGCUCACCUCUGUGUCCUGCGGAAUGAUCUCCAGAAUCCCACUGCUGUUCAUGAGGAGCUGUGAGCUGACUGCGUACGUGUUCAUAUGGGACCGGUACCACCUGAUGGAGCUGCCCUGGGACUCCGCCUGGACCUGGUGGCUCACAUUCUUGGGCGUGGACUUCUGCUACUACUGGCUCCACCGCCUCGCUCACGGUACCGGCACGAGACACUCACGGGAGGGGGGCUGCAUAGCAAUGCAGUGCAGAUGGGUGGAAAGUAUAUUUAACGUUGUGUAUGUCAUCGUUCUAAUUCAGCUGAUCAGAGACCUCGGACCCCUGGAGUGGGUCUUCAACACCCCAAAACACCACCGAGUUCAUCACGGGAGAAACGAAUACUGCAUCGACAAGAAUUACGGAGGAAUACUGAUCAUAUGGGACCGAUUGUUUGGUACCUUUGCGGAAGAGGCCGACAAAGUGGUGUUCGGCCUGGUGUUCCCCAUCAACACUUUUGAAAUCCUCUACGUUCAGUUACACUACUAUUUGGGUUUGUGGAGACGGUGCAACACGUUCGAGACGAUCGGCGACAAGCUGUCGACUUUCUUCAAAGGUCCGAGUUGGAGUCCCGGUAAACCUCGGCUAGGUGACCACGUCGACAACCCGCAGGUUACCGGACAGGAAGUGCCUCGUGAUCCCAGCUGGCCGCUGCCUCUGCAGCUCUACGUGGUCGCGCAUUUCCUGCUGGCGCUGGGGACGUACCACCAUCUGUUUGAGAACACAACGGUGCUGUCCCAGUUAACCGUCCUGGGGAUGACCUGCUACGUUCUGCUCACUCUCACUUCCCUGGGCCUCAUCGUGGAUCAGAGGCCGACGGCGGCGCCGGUGGAGAUGCUGCGCUGCGUCGUCACGGUGACCAUGCAGGUGUACGGCCACGCCACGCCGCUGCCGUCUUCGCUGGCCGGCCCCGCGGAGGCCUUUGUCUCCCUCUCUCUGCUGUUCUGGGCUCUGCAGAGCUCCUACCUGCUGCUGCGCAUCAAGAAGAAGGCCCACUGACUGGUUUCACUGGUUUGUUGUGCGGGGGGGGGGGGGG